UGUCGUGGACAUGGAAUUUUGUCAAUUCAGUUUAUAAAUUUCUGAAAGUGGAAAUAGGCGCUAGCUGAAGACGUCAAGUGAGUUAGUUUUCUCUGUACCGAUUGUGAGAGAGAAAACUCACGGUGUUGGCACUAAUUUCAUCACGGGCAGGUAACGCGCUGCAAUUGCAAGUGCAAGCCGUUUCAGUUUCUCUGGACUAUGUGGUCACGAUGUAGUGCCCGCUGUUGUCAGCGCACCAGCAGGGGGCAAAUGGGUGCGGCCGCUGAACAGUUCAAUCGCUGUGGCAUACGCGCUGGUGGAGAGCUGCAAUUCCGCCGUUUGCUGGCGACCAAAACACCAACCCGUGGAAAGUGGCGUGGAAGAUUUCGCCUGGCUUUCUAUGGAGCCGCUGCAGGUGGAUUUCUCGUACUAGGGACACUGGCCGCAAAAAACAGACGUCACAGGGAUCGAAUUUCUGCACUGGAAAAGUCAUGGCCGGAAGAAGUGGGCAAGAAGCAGAAGCUGGUCGUCCUCGGUUCAGGCUGGGGUGCUAUGAGCCUCCUGCGUCAGUUGGAUCCAGGCCUGUACGACAUACAUGUAGUUUCUCCACGCAAUUAUUUCCUCUUCACACCCUUGCUGCCGUCCGUCACUGUCGGCACGGUGGAGGCACGGAGUAUUGCGGCGCCUAUUCGGAAACUACUGCAACGAAGCCAUGGUGACCUUGCCCAUUACUACGAGGCGGAAGGCGUCCUGAUUGAUGCUGACAAGAAGGUUGUACGCUGCCGUGAUACAUCUGGUGUUGUUGGGGAUGUAUCAUCGUUCGAUCUGCCAUUCGAUCAGCUGGUCGUGGCAGUAGGCUCUCGGACCAGCACCUUCAAUACCCCUGGUGUCGACAAGCAUGCACACUUUAUCAAGGAGAUCCCAGAUGCCCAGAACAUCCGUACGAAGAUCAUGGAUAACAUUGAGACAGCCUACCUCCCCGGGCAAACCGAAGAGGAGCAGCGGCGGCUGUUGCACACCGUUGUUGUCGGUGGUGGUCCAACCGGGAUUGAGUUUGCUGCUGAGCUGCGUGACUUUCUCCUGGAAGAUCUCUCCAAGCUCUACCCGAGCAUAGCCGACAAGCUUGCUAUUUCGGUGGUGCAGUCACGGGGCCACGUGCUGAACACAUACGACGCGGAGAUCGGCAAGUACACGGAGAGCGAGUUUGAGAAGCACCGCAGCAAGAUCAAUGUCAUCACGGGUGCCAGAGUAGUCGAGGUGGGCGAGAAAACACUUACGAUAUUCGAUAAGUCAUCAAAGACCAAGACCCCGGUACCGUACGGUCUCUGCAUCUGGUCAGGUGGCAACGCUCCCCAGGAUCUGGUGGCCAGCUUUGCCAAAGAUCUCCCGCAGCAAACUAACAGGCAUGGCUUGGUUACCGACGACUUUCUCCGCGUGAAGGGUGCCGCAAAUGUGUUUGCUUUGGGAGAUUGUCAAACCAACGACACAUCCGUUCUCACUAGUCAGGCGGAGAAGCUGUUCAAGGAGGCUGAUGUCAACGGCGAUGGCCAUCUGUCGUAUGAGGAGUUCUCAGUCCUAAUGGAUAAAGCACAGAAGAUGUAUCCGCACGUCAACGUCUUCUUCGCCACUGCCAAGGAAGCUCUUGGAGACAGUGUGUUCGCUUCUGCUGACAAGAACAAGGAUAAUCAAUUAGACUUUGGAGAGUUCCAGCAGUUGCUAAAGAAAGUUGACAGUGAGCUGACAUCGCUCCCGGCAACUGCAGCGGUUGCCAAUCAGCAGGGUGAGUACCUUGGCUCUUUAUUGAACAAGUCGGUAUUGACCACGGGGAUAGCUGACGGCUCAGCUCCCUUUCGCUAUCGCUACAUGGGCUCUUUUGCUUACGUGGGUGACAACAAGGCUGUUCUUCAGGUUCCUAUCUUUGGUGCCAUGAAAGGCUGGUGGACUAUGCUACUGUGGAGGGCGUUCUACUUCAGCUCUCUGUCGUCGUGGCGAACUCGGCUUCUGGUGGGAUACGACUGGAGCAAGGCGUACGUACUUGGCCGUGAUACAUCUCGUCUGUAGGUAUGAAUGCAAGUCUUGUGUGUAUAUUUUCUAGGAUCCACGAUGCCUAAUCCUACUGAAAAUGAUUAGGAUGACAGUUUCUUGUACCAAUAGCAGCCAACACUUUAUACAAAAAUGAGAUGUUUAAUGCUGUGUAUCUUCUUAGGACUACCGGUCUUACCCUUUUCUAAAUUGACAGAUCCGCUACAUGCAAAUGUUUUCUCUUUCUAUUCCCUCUCCUUGUGAUUUAGUAAGAUAGAUGCGACGCACGUUCAGGCCACACACAGUGGUUUAGAGAGCAUCUGUUUUCAUGUUUUGGUACCGCACAUCUCGUGUGGUGUGCUAUCUGCGCCCUAUGUCACCGUCCGGUUUAUGCCGCUUCAUCUUCUGCCUCUAUUUUCUGUACACACACGAGCGCACUCGCACACACACACACACACACACACACACACACACACACACACACACACACACACACACACACACACACACACACACACUCUCUCUCUCUCUCUCUCUCUCUCUUUCAAGCAUUAUACUCUAUUCCCACAUGGACAACCCAAUGGAUCAAUGAAUGAUUAUGACAAGAAAUAGACAGA